AUGGCCCCUGCAGCAGCAGCAUCCCCGAGUGCACUUAGUGACCCCAAUUUGUUCCUGUCAGCGAGUAGCAAGGUCAUGGGUGACGUUGCUGUCGUUAUGGACGAAUUCGGCUUACAUUUGAAAAUCCGUCCUCAUGACCGAGUUUUGUUCCUCAAUUCACGAGUCGGUAACUACGCCAAGUCUUUCAUCGCACCUCUGCUUCCAACGGAAGCUGAAAUGAUUGGGGUGGAGAUGAAUCCGACCAUGGUUGAUUACGCCCGUAAAAACUUCGGUGGACCAAACAUCGGCUACAUUCAUCUCGCGCCGGACAGCCUCGGGGAUCUUAAAGAAAUGUACCCUUCGGGCUUCUCUCACAUCGUCUCUUUCCUCAGCUUGCAAUGGAUCAGAGAGUACAAGACCGUUCUGGGACAAUUGCAGCCUUUGUUGCGAGAAGGUGGGGUGCUUUUCUGUUCCUUGUUUGAAAACGCUCCACAGUUCGAUAUCUUCGAGUCAUUGCGCUCAGAUCCUGUUAUUGGACCCGUUGUGAAGAAUCCACCGGUUGCAAUGGGGAUUUUCGUGGGAAAAUCCGAUUCUGUAAAAAUAUUCACGAACGACCUGAAAGAAGCAGGCUUCAAACCCGAAGUCGUUCAAUCCCUGCUGCGGCUACUGCUUUUCCCGACGAUCAAUUCGCUGGACCGUUUCCCACGCGCGAUGAACCCUUUCCAAGGGUUCGUUCCGGAAAACGUGAAUGAGAAAAUACGGUAG